UCACGCUGACGCAAUUUGCGUGCGUCCAAAAUACUUUACGUUACACGCGUGGAGUGUGGUAGGAUCAAUAACGACAGGGAAGGAUGAGCGUGGACGUGGAGCGUGUGUUGAUCCAGCUCCAGGAUGAGAGCGGAGAGGUGCUCGGAUCCCCCUUCGAUGUGCCGCUGGACAUUGGUCCGGAUAAACUGCAGCUGGUCUGCAACGCACUGCUACAGAAGGAGGAGCCUGUGCCCUUCCUUUUCUUUGUGAAAGAUGCAGAGGUGGUGUCGUCCCUGGGCACCUGUGUGCAGACGUUGGGCCUGGAGACUGAGCAGGUGCUGCCGGUUGUGUACCAGCCGCAGGCUGUGUUUCGUGUGCGGGCCGUGGCUCGGUGCACCAGCUCUUUGGAGGGCCACACAGAGGCCGUCAUUUCUGUAGCUUUUAGUCCUACAGGAAAAUAUCUUGCCAGUGGAUCUGGCGAUACGACAGUGAGGUUCUGGGAUCUGAGCACAGAAACGCCACAUCACACUGCUAGAGGACACACACAUUGGGUUUUGUCCAUUGCCUGGUCUCCGGAUGGCAAGAAACUAGCAUCAGGGUGCAAAAACAGUCAGAUCUUCUUGUGGGAUCCAGUCACAGGAAGUCAGAUCGGAAAGACCUUGACGGGACAUACGAAGUGGAUCACCUGGCUGUGCUGGGAACCUCUUCACCUGAACCCAGAGUGUCGGUAUUUGGCUAGUACCAGUAAAGACUGUUCGAUUCGGAUCUGGGAUACAGUUUUGGGCCGUUGUGAUAAAAUCCUGACCGGCCACACACAUUCUGUGACGUGUGUAAAAUGGGGAGGUGAUGGUCUUCUGUACACCUCGUCUCAGGACAGAACCAUUAAAGUCUGGAGAGCCAAAGAUGGGGUUCAGUGUCGUACAUUGCAAGGUCACGCUCACUGGGUCAACACGCUGGCCCUCAGCACUGACUACGUUCUGCGCACAGGAGCGUUUGAGCCGGCUACUGCAACCAUAAACCCUCAGGACCUCACUGGAUCAUUGGAAGAGAUCAAGGAAAAGGCUUUAAAGCGUUACAACAACGUCAGAGGUGAAGGUCAUGAGAGGCUGGUGUCAGGAUCAGACGAUUUCACCAUGUUCUUAUGGAACCCAGCAGAGGAGAAGAAGCCAGUGGCCCGUAUGACGGGUCACCAGGCGCUGGUCAACGAGGUGCUAUUCUCACCGGACACACGGCUGAUCGCCAGCGCUUCCUUUGAUAAGUCUAUAAAGAUCUGGGACGGAAAGACGGGAAAGUACCUGACCUCACUUCGGGGUCACGUCGGGCCAGUGUACCAGGUGGCGUGGUCGGCAGACAGCCGUCUGUUAGUCAGUGGCAGUAGUGACAGCACUCUGAAGGUGUGGGAUGUCAAGAAGGGGAAACUAAAUGGAGAUCUGCCCGGCCAUGCUGAUGAGGUUUUUGCAGUUGACUGGAGUCCUGACGGACAGAGAGUGGCCAGCGGUGGAAAAGACAAGUGUUUAAGGAUAUGGAGGAAGUAACCCGGAGAAACCAGUGGCCCCCGGCUCUGCACGCAACAGCCAAUCAGGCGCCUCGAAACAUCGCCCCACAGGAUAGUGGACAGCAGUGUGGGAGCAUUAAGCCUUAGCCUAUUUAUCCAACGAAACUGCUUCGACAGCAUCACAAUAGCUGACAUAUAAUGCUCUCUGAUGUUGUCAGGCCAGAUAGCUGGCAGAUAAAACGCUGCCUUUUUUUGCCCGCUCAAAUGAGCAAUUGCCCUGUGCAAGUGCAGGCGAACUGACCCAGUCUAAUCUGUGUAAUCUUUCUCACACACAUUCUUUGUAAUUAACUUAAUCCCUAAUGCCGCGAUACAGGCGGCAUUAACUGGGUCUGUUCCAGCGCCGAGAGAUAACCGGCGUCGUCACAGCGGGACCGUACAACGUCAGCAGCAACGUUUUCUCAUUUAACAAGCAGUAAAAGACUUUUAUAGGAUC